AGGCCGUUCGCCGGCUGCCCGCAGCACCAUGGAUCUGCACCUCUUCGACUACGCCGAGCCAGGCAACUUCUCCGACAUGAGCUGGCCGUGCAACAGCAGCGACUGCAUCGUCGUGGACACCGUGCUGUGCCCCAACAUGCCCAACAAAAGCGUGCUGCUGUACACGCUGUCCUUCAUUUACAUCUUCAUCUUCGUGAUCGGCAUGAUCGCCAACUCCGUGGUGGUCUGGGUGAACAUCCAGGCCAAGACCACCGGCUACGACACGCACUGCUACAUCCUCAACCUGGCCAUCGCCGACCUGUGGGUGGUCGUCACCAUCCCCGUCUGGGUGGUCAGCCUCGUGCAGCAUAACCAGUGGCCCAUGGGGGAGCUCACGUGCAAGAUCACGCACCUCAUCUUCUCCAUCAACCUGUUCGGCAGCAUCUUCUUCCUCACGUGCAUGAGCGUGGACCGCUACCUCUCCAUCACCUACUUCGCCAGCACGUCGAGCCGCAGGAAGAAGGUGGUUCGCCGCGCCGUCUGCGUCCUGGUGUGGCUGCUGGCCUUCUGCGUGUCCCUGCCCGACACCUACUACCUGAAGACCGUCACGUCGGCGUCCAACAACGAGACCUACUGCCGCUCCUUCUACCCCGAGCACAGCGUCAAGGAGUGGCUCAUCAGCAUGGAGCUGGUCUCGGUGGUCCUGGGCUUCGCCAUCCCCUUCUGCGUCAUCGCCGUCUUCUACUGCCUGCUGGCCCGCGCCAUCUCCGCGUCCAGCGACCAGGAGAAGCAGAGCAGCCGAAAGAUCAUCUUCUCCUACGUGGUGGUCUUCCUCGUGUGCUGGCUCCCCUACCACGUGGUGGUGCUCCUGGACAUCUUCUCCAUCCUUCACUACAUCCCCUUCACCUGCCAGCUGGAGAACUUCCUCUUCACGGCUCUGCACGUCACGCAGUGCCUGUCUCUGGUGCACUGCUGCGUCAACCCCGUGCUCUAUAGCUUCAUCAACCGUAACUACAGAUACGAGCUGAUGAAGGCCUUCAUCUUUAAGUACUCUGCCAAGACGGGUCUCACCAAGCUCAUCGAUGCCUCCAGGGUGUCGGAGACGGAGUACUCCGCCUUGGAGCAAAACGCCAAGUGACGGGCCCCGCGGGGCCUCGGGGACAAGCGUGCGCGCUUCCUACACGGCGCUGGGUUGCAUCGUCUCCAAGAGUUCAAGCAAGGCGCCUUGGGGCUUGAGGCCUGAGUCGCGUGAAGUGGGGAAGCAGGUGCCACCGUGGGCCCUUCUCCUCUUUGUCCGGCUGCCGGGGUGGCUGUCACGGGGCCGUGCGUCCUGACGGCGUGGGCCGUGCUGCGUGACCCUACUACUUACUCGUCCAAGCUGGUUGCGCGGCGGGCUCGCCUGCACUUCUGUAAAAUAGGACUUUCUGUGUUCCCUGGAGGUUUUACUUGGUGACUUGUAUUUAAGUUUUAAGACUUUAUUUUCUCAUUAUCGGCGUACCUUAUAAAUGUACUUGAAAGUUUAAAUAUAUUUUAUAAAAAUCGUAUGGGCGCUGUCACAUACGAUACAUAUACAUACGCUGACAUAUAUUCAGAGCGUUGUAGUUUUAAGACUAGUUUGAUUUCAGUUUUGACUAAGGAUGACAUUAAUUGUUAGCUGUUUUGAAAUUUUAUAUAUAUAUAUAUAUAUAUAAAUAUAAAUAUAUAAAUAUAUAAAUAUAUGCCGGUCUGGGCUGAAAUGUUUUAUUUACGAUAGUUUUAUAUCUGUGUGGUGCUUUGCUACCUGCAUGGGAUAUGGGACAAGAAGGAUGCUGUAAAGCAGUUUGUGAUAUUAAUUGUAUCUUAAAGUUACAUUAAAAAUGCGAAACGAAGCGGAACCUCUCCAGGCUGCAGCGCCGCGCACAAAGUUUUGAACAGUCUUAUUUCGGAGAGUUCUCUCAAUUUGUAAGUUAUUUUUCUUUUUUUUUUUUUAAAUAAAGAUUUGUUUUUCCUAAAAAAGGCA